GCCGCCAUGGCUCACCUCCGCCUCCUCCUGUCCCACUCGCGAUGCCACCCGCACCCCCACCGCCUCCUCCCGCUCUUCCGCUUCUGCUCCUCCAACUCCAGCAACUCCCCGCCGCCGCCCAUCAAGCCCGUCUCCUACGCCCCGAAGCCGCAAGCCCCACCCCCCUCGCCCCCCUCGCCGGAGCCCCCGACCGCCAGCCCCGACCCGCAGGACCCGCUUCCCAGGAGAUUCCAGCAGCAGCCGCAGCCGCAGAAUCCGCCGCGGCAGUUCACGAGGCAGGAGAUGCGGUUCUCGAACGAGUCGGGGCCCGCGAUCGCGCCCGUGUCGUACCCGAGCAGGGCCGCGCCGCUGCCGGAAGACCGGCCAGCGGACGAGGGGGCGAACGAGGAGGAUCUGCGCGGCGAGGGGGAGCGGAUCGAGAAGGAGGCCCAGUGGGGCAGGAGGCCCGUCUUCGGGCUGCAGGUGGAGGAGGAGACGGUGCCCUACCCGACGCUCAUACCCGUCGUCAAGCGGCCGCAGAAGGUCGCCAUUGAUCUCGUUGAUGCGCUCCGCGAAAUCAAGGCCAGUGCAAAUGAAAAGAAGCGGAAUUUUACUGAAACAGUGGAAGCUCAUGUAAUGUUAGGUGUUGAUCCACGUCGUGGUGACCAGAUGGUCCGUGGAGCCAUAACUUUGCCUCAUGGCACUGGCAAGACUGUCAGGGUAGCAGUAUUUGCUGAAGGUCCUGCAGCAGAAGAAGCUAGAGCUGCUGGAGCAGAUGUCGUUGGAGGCGACGAACUGAUUGAGGAGAUUCGCAAAGGAGGAGGCAAACUAAGCUUCGACAAGUGCAUAGCAACUCCAAUGUAUAUGCCUCGGCUUUCAAAGGUCGCUAGAAUAUUGGGUCCUCGUGGUUUGAUGCCAAACCCGAAGUUAGGGUCUGUGACAAAUGAUGUUUCUGGUGCUGUCAAAGCGGCGAAAUCAGGCCGUGUUGAUUUCAAAAUAGACAAAACUGCUAUAGUGCAUGUUGGUCUUGGAAAGGUGAAUUUUUCCGAGGAGAGUUUACGUGAAAAUAUUGGUGCUUUCGUAAAUGCACUUUUACUUGCUAAGCCUGUGGGCUUAAAGAAAACUUCGAAAUAUGUUGGAUACGUGAAGAAGUUCACUUUGAGUAGCACAAUGGGACCUGGAUUUUCUGUUACCAUACCCUCGCUAUCAGCAGCAGCUGAUAAUUAUACCAAAGUGCAAGUCAACUAAUGAACCAUUUUAUUCGGAGCACUGCUGCAAGUGGCUGGGCUGUUGCAGUGGAACAUACGUGAUAACCAGGCUGAGCUCAGUUUUAUGAUUGCUGUUUGGCCUCAUUCGGAUGAUAGUUUUGUGGUAAAAAAACUUUCAGCAAACAUUAUGUCGUUAUGUUUCCUAUGGUCACAUAAACCAUGUGGUUGCUUUUGAUGGCCCACUCACCCCUCAGUGCUCUGCAGUUUGUUGUAUGCAAUGUAAUCUCGAGUUCAUUACCAGAAAGUUUGUAGGCAUAGGUUUUUCUCAUUUUGGAAGAUAAUUAGAAUUGGGAGGUUGGAGCACCGACAUUCCAGUGAUCAGUGACCACUAGCAAGGAAGUAUCUGUUGUUUGCUGGGAUUUUGUUAGCAGUUACUACGUACUUUGUUUGUUGCAGCUGACGUGAUGCAGUUCGAAAUCGUCAGCUGAUCCAGCUUUUACAAGUUGGAAGAAAUAAAGUAGUUGUCCGGUCUUUUCUUGGCA